CCUUCUCUCUCUCUCUCUCUCUCUCUCUACUGCGCGCAAUCGCGCUUAGGGUUUCGAGUUCUCGUUGACACGGCGGAGAGGAAAAUCGAGGGGAAAUCGAUCGAUCGAUCAUCGAUCGGGGGUCGGAGAAGAUGUGGCACGAGGCGCGGAGGUCGGAGAAGAAGGUGCACGACAUGAUGGACGCGGCCCGCAAGAGAGCGCAGAGGCGGGCCGUGUUUCUGGCCAAGCGGCGCGGCGACCCGCAGCAGUCGAUCCAGGCCGUCGGCUCUCGGUGCCGCAUGUACCGCGACGACGGCCUCUACCAAGCCACCCAGGACCAGCAAGGAUUGAUACCAUGGAAUGGGAAAGAGGAUAUUCUAAUUGACAGAUUUGAUGGACGUGCACUGCUUGAUUUUAUUCGGGAGUCAAAGCACUCUCGGGUUAAGGAAAAGUCCGAAGAAGAGGAAGAACUAGAGGAGUUUGUAAAUUUUGAGCGUUAUCGGGAUUUAAUUAAGCAUCGACGUAGAGGAUUUACGGACGGGGAGGGUUUGCAUCAUGUGAAUCAAGAAAUGGAAGCAAAAACUACUGCUUUACUUGCACCUGACAGAACUCAGCAGCCACAGCCUCCUGCAAGCAAGGGCUCCUAUUCACAGGUGGGAUUCUCUUAUGACAUGGGUGGGAAGGAGGAAAAUGCUUAUUCAGAUGGCGAAGAUGAUGAUGAGGAGGAGGAGGAUGACGAUGAAGAUGUCGAUGAAGAUUUUAACAGUGAUGAUAGUAAUGAUGAAGGUAUGGAUGCAAUUGCAAAAGACUUUGGAGUGAAAAGGUAUGGCUGGCUUGUCCAUAUGGAUAAAAAGGCUAAAGAGGAAGAGAAAAGGCAAAAGGAAGUCAUCAAAGGCGAUCCUGCAAUUAGAAAGCUCAGUCGAAAGGAGAGGAGGAAGGCUUCUCAGAUUGAAAGGGAGAAGGAAAGGGAAGCUGCACGCAUAACGGGGACCCGAGUUCUUCAUCAUGAUCCCUAUCGGGAGACUAGACGAAGUCCAACUUAUGAUGCUUAUCCCCGUUCUCGAAGAUCCAGAUCGAGGUCACCGUCAUAUUCACCAUCAUUAUCCAGGCGUUAUGGUCAUGGAUCACACACUAAUGAUGGUCACAGAAGCAAGCCAAAAACUCCUAAGAUAGAGUUUAUUACCGAAUUCGGGGGCUCUGGUGAUCCAGGGGGACCAAAGCUUGAAGGACUUUCUCCACCAUCAUCUCCUCCAUCUCAGGCUGAUGUGCCGAACCGGCCAUUAUCCAGUCACAUACUUGAAGCCCUGCAUGUAGAUCCUGCAUCUGGUGUGUCCCUUGACAAGGAAAAGAAUGCUAAACAGAAACCAUCAGUGAGUACUUCUUCGGCUUUAGCAAAGUUAACAAAAGGAACGUCUGGGGGGCCAUCAAAACAGGGAGAGAAAAAGGAAACUCCUCAAGAACGACUGAAAAGGAUAAUGAGUAAACAGCUGAACAGGCAAAUUAAGAAAGAUACUGCUGCUGAAAUGGCAAAGAAACGGGAACAGGAGCGACAGAGGCUGGAAAAGAUAGCAGAGACAAACCGAUUAAGUCGCCACAGACAUCGGAGCCGCAGCAGAAGCUACAGUCGUUCCCCUCCCAGAAGAUAUAGGCGCAGUAAAAGUCCUAGUAGAAGCAGGAGUUCCCGAAGAUAUUACUCUCGAUCUCGUUCACGCUCUCCUUCACGUUCCCCUUCACGUUCCUGGUCUCGUUCCCCUUCUCGUACCCGCUCUCGCUCUAGAUCUGUUUCUCGGUCUCCAAGGGUAAGAAGCCGAUCAAGGUACUGAAGUAGUUCGAUGAACACAGAUUAUAUAGGUCUCUAGUUGGAGCAAAUAAGAGAUUUUAUUUUUCAGAAAGUUGAGCCAUAUGAUGGUAGGUUUGAGGUUAUUGUACAAGAAAAAUUAGUGCAGGGACAAGGACCGAGCCUUCUCCAGACAUCUCCGUGAGGUUUUAUAGGACAUUUUGGUUGGAUUUAACCAACUACUAUCUCAUUGUCCAAUUUAAA